CCUCCGAGGAGGGGGUCCUCAAGCGUGCUUGCGAGCGACCAGGGCCCGCACCGCCCGGGCGAGACGGGGGAGUAGGAAUCGUGGGGGGGGGCCUGUAUUUCCCCAGAGUCUCCUCCUAGUCCAGGGAGAUGCUCCAGCGUCAGCCUUUGGAAGGCAAGAAAGGGACAGAGUCAGAAGAGAGGGAGGAGAGUUCCAUGGCAGAUCUGAAAGAAAUCGUCACCCUGGCUUUGGUGGGAGAGAACAUUGGGACACAAAAGGGGCUUCAGAAUGCCCAGCAGCAAGGCAAGAAGAAGAGGAAGAAAAAGAGAUUGGUGAUCAAUCUAUCCAGCUGCCGAUAUGAGAGUGUGCGUAGGGCCGCCCAACAGUAUGGCCUUCGAGAGGGAGGGGAAAACGAUGACUGGACUCUCUACUGGACUGACUUCUCAGUGUCGCUGGAGCGGGUGAUGGAGAUGAAAAGUUACCAGAAAAUCAAUCACUUCCCAGGGAUGAGUGAAAUCUGCCGCAAGGACUUGCUGGCCAGGAAUAUGUGUCGCAUGUCAAAGUUGUUCCCUAAAGAUUUCCACUUUUUCCCUCGGACCUGGUGUCUUCCUGCUGACUGGGGAGACUUGCAGAACUACAGCAGGUCAAGAAAAAAUAAGACAUACAUUUGUAAGCCGGAUUCGGGCUGCCAAGGGAGAGGUAUAUUCAUCACCCGGACGGUGAAAGAAAUCAAACCAGGGGAGGAUAUGAUCUGUCAGCUCUAUAUUUCAAAGCCCUUUAUCAUUGACGGGUUCAAGUUUGACCUACGGAUUUAUGUGCUGAUUACAUCCUGUGACCCUCUCAGGAUUUUUACGUACAAGGAAGGACUGGCCCGCUUCGCCACGACCUCUUACUCCCACCCUUGCACAGACAACCUGGAUGAUAUCUGCAUGCACCUGACUAAUUACUCCAUCAAUAAGCACAGUUCCAAUUUCAUUCAAGAUUCGCACUCUGGCAGCAAGAGGAAGCUCUCCACCUUCAACACGUACAUGGAGAGCCAUGGCUACAACGUGGAGCAGAUAUGGAGAGAUAUCGAGGACGUCAUCAUCAAGACGAUCAUCUCCGCCUACCCCAUCAUCAAGCACAACUACCACACCUGCUUCCCCAACCACACACUCAACAGCGCCUGCUUCGAAAUCCUGGGCUUCGACAUUUUGUUGGACCGCAAACUCAAGCCCUGGUUGCUGGAGGUCAACCACUCUCCGAGCUUCUCCACCGACUCCAGCUUGGAUAAGGAGGUGAAGGACAGCCUGCUGUAUGACACCUUGGUCCUGAUCAACCUGGGGAGCUGUGACAAAAAGAAAGUCUUGGAGGAGGAGAAGCAACGGGGCCGGUUCCUGCAGCAAUGCCGUUCUCGGGAGGCCAAGAUCGAGGAACUCAAGGGUUUCCAGGCCUUGCGUCGAGAGAAAACUGAGAAGUAUGAGAAGGAAAACUGUGGAAGGUUCCACCUGAUUUAUCCCAGUCUGAAUUCGGAGAAGUAUGAGAAGUUUUUCCAGGACAACAACUCCCUCUUCCAGAAUACUGCCACCUCCAGGGCCCGGGAGCUGUAUGCCCGGCAACUGAUCCAGGAGCUGAGACUAAAACAGGAGAAGAAAUCCUUGCAAAUGAAAGAGAAGAAGGUAGAGAUGCAGGGAGAAUCGGCAGGCGAGCACGCGAGAGGCAAGGGGGCGAAAAGCUGGCAACAGACACAACAGCGAAAAUACAAGGCCGCCGCCACCCAAGUCUCCAAACAACCAUUGACAUUAAUGUCCUUCACGCCUGACAUGCUCUUGAAUGUCAGCGAUGCAAAGAAAAAUGAGACAGAGAUCAGCCUCAACCAGGAGGCCCCCAAGAAGGAAGAUGGCCCCGCUUCCCCUGAGCCUUCCUCUGCGAGACAUUACUGCUCUCUGCCCGACCUGAGGAAUUCAAGCCUUUUCAGCUGCUCCGGGCUGGAGCUCAGUAAACCCAUCUCCAGACUCAAGGAAGCCAAGUGUGCCACUAUAGUGAACUUGCUCCCCGGCCCCGUGCUCUUCACUUCAUUAGAAACCUCAGAAACCUGCACCCAGUUCUCAGACUCCCCUGAGUCCCUGCUGAGCAUGACAAACAGCCCGGAAUGCAGUAGCCCAGAGAUGGACAGAGUGGUCUCCUUUAAAGGCAAACAGCAGCAGGCCCCCCAGCACCUCUUCCAGGAGAAAAUAGCAAGAAUUUCUCUGCCUACAAAAUCCCAGCGCUACUCGUUGAACCCACGUUGGACUUGGCUAAAGAAUAACAUGAAGAAACAGCAUCUGAUGUCAGAGUUGUUCACCAAGGUUCAACUGAGGGAGAAGCUCUCCUCGUUCCCAGCUCCCUACAACUCCAAGCUGGUGUUAAGUAACCAGUCACAAAACUUCUCCCUGCCCCAGGAGUGUUACUUGCGCAGCCAAAGCUCUCAUGAAAAGAGGCCGCUGGAUAUGUCCUCCCUCCUCUUCUUGAAGAAUUCUCACCGCCGUGAUGUUUCUCUGAGGGAUCUACUGGUGGUUGCCACUUCAGCCCGACUGGAUCCGAGGCCUGGCAGAAGACGUUUGGGUGUUAUGAGGGACCCGUGUAUACAGGAUCGGGAAGCAUGCAAUCACUGCCUGAUCUCUGGCCAAAAAGGAUGUGAGAGGAAAUAGGUAGAUCCCUGGAGAGAGCUUUGGAGGAGCAGAGGUGGAAGAAAGGUGGGGUAUGAAGUCAAACACCUGCUUCACAAUGUGGACUCAGCUUUGCCUUGUGGAUUCCCAAUGGAAUGAAUUUCUGGCCUCAGGGAUGUCAGGGGAUUCUAGGGUACCUGAAACCUAUAGUAUCCCUCAAGCAAAAGACCUUAAUUAUCCAUGAUAUUAAAUAGAGAAAUUAGACUCAAGCCAUCUGU